AUGUGUGGGCUGCCGUGGCUUCCAGGCCGGCCCCCGCAGCUGGGCUCUCAGGAUGUGUUUGGUGGCUUCACAGGCUGUGGGAGAGCCUCUUUGCUGGACGUGAUCACCGGAAGGGACCAUGGCGGCAAAAUUAAGUCAGGCCAAAUCUGGAUCAACGGGCAGUCCAGCACGCCUCAGCUGGUGAGGAAGUAUGUGGCCCACGUGCGCCAGCACGACCAGCUGCUCCCCAACCUGUGCGAGACCCUGGCUUUUGUUGCCCAGCUACGCCUGCCCAGAACCUUCUCCCAGGCUCAGCGUGACGAAAGGGUGGACGACGUGAUCGCCGAGCUGCGCCUGCGCCAGUGCGCCAACACGCGCGUGGGCAACGCGUACGUGCGGGGCGUGUCGGGGAGCGAGCGGCGCAGGGUCAGCAUCGGGGUGCAGCGCCUGUGGAACCGAGGAAUCCUCAUUCUGGAUGAACCCACCUCCGGGCUCAACAGCUUCACGGCCCACAAUCUGGUGAAAACCCUGUCCCGGCUGGCCAAAGGCAACCGGUUGGUGCUCAUCUCCCUGCACCAGCCUCGGUCGGACAUCUUCAGGCUGUUUGAUUUGGUCCUCCUGUUGACGUCCGGCAGCACCAUCUACUUGGGGGCAGCCCGGCACAUGGUGCAGUACUUCACAGCCAUCGGCCACCCCUGUCCUCGCUACAGCAGCCCUGCCGACUUCUUUGUGGACUUGACUAGCAUCGAUAGGCGAAGCAGAGAGCAGGAAGUGGCCACCAGAGAGACUCAGUCCCUUGCGGCCUUGUUUCGAGAAAAAGUUUGUGGCUUCGAUGACUUUCUGUGGAGAGCAGAGGCGAGGGAGCUGGGUGAGGGCACUUACCCGGAGAGCCCGGCCCUUCCCCAGGACACUGACCAGCCCCCAACUCCCACGGAGCUGCCCAGCCCUGUGCAGCAGUUUACCAUGCUGAUCCGUCAUCAGCUUUUCAACGACUUCCGAGACCUGCCAACUCUCCUCCUCCAUGGGGCAGAGGCCUGCCUGAUGUCCCUGGUCAUUGGGUUCCUCUAUUACGGCCACGGGGCCAUCAAGCUCUCCUUCAUGGACACAGCCGCCCUCUUGUUCAUGAUUGGAGCUCUCAUCCCUUUCAACGUGAUCCUGGAUGUCAUUGCCAAAUGUCACUCAGAGAGGGCAAUGCUUUACUAUAGCCCUCUCCACAACCUCUCCACAUCCUCCUCCUUCGGCAACGCUCUCUACAACUCCUUCUACCUCACCGGGGGCUUCAUGAUAAGCUUGGACAACCUGUGGACAGUGCCCACCUGGAUUUCCAAAGUCUCCUUUCUCCGCUGGUGUUCUGAAGGGCUGAUGCAGAUUCAGUUUAAAGGGCACACUAACCACAUGGCCGUCGGCAACUUCACCAUCCCUAUCCCGGGAGACGUAAUCCUCAGUUCCAUGGGCCUGAACUCGCACCCACUCUACGCCAUCUACUUCAUCCUCAUUGGCAUCGGUGGUGGCUUCAUGAUCCUGUACUACGUGGCCCUGAGGUUCAUCAAACAGAAAUCAGAUCAGGACUGGUGAUUCAUGCCCAGGCUCUGGCCUGCUGGUGGGGACCUGAGAAGACCCUUCAACUGCGCUCCUUUCUUUCCUCCCAAGGAGCCCCUUCCCGGGCACCAGGAGGACAGCACAGGGAGCUCAGCUACACGGGCCCUCAGCACUGCAGUGGCAGAGGCUGACCACAGGAUGGCAGUAGAAUAAAGACAGUAGAAAGGGAUUUGUGAUCCCGGGCCAGAGCUCGCCGUUCCUGGGCAAGGGAAAACUGAUCUUGGGGACACCUACAAUGUUGCUAAUUGAUUUCCUUUUCAUAUGUAUUUAUAUAGGCCACUCAGUGCAGGAUGGGAGCAAGUUAGGUAUGAAUUGAAUAGGCUAUGCAAGAGCUGGAUCCAGAGGAAACAACAGCAUUGCCUAGUGAAGUGUUUGGCCUCAUCUUCGGGGCUCCCCAAACUGUGUUAAG